AUGAAUCCAUCAAUUCCUGAAGAAAUAGUCAUUCAAAUAUUCACAUGGCUUCCUGUCAAAUCACUAAUGCAUUUCAAGUGCGUUACUAAAUUCUUUAAUUCUCUUGUUUUUGAAUCAUAUUUUACGGAUAUCCAUACAUCUCAAUCUAUGAUCCGUCAGAGUGAAACAAAAUACUUCUUGGACAGAAGGGAAGUUUAUGAAUUUGGAGAUGGAAAAAUCUCUGCUUCCAGCCUUUGGAGUUUUGAUGAAUUCCCCUUCUAUAUCCCUGUAGGUUCUGAUAUCAGUUGCGUUAACGGUUUAUUUUGCAUUCAGAAACCUGCUGCAAUUUUAAACCUAAGUACAGGAGAAGUAAGAUAUCUUCCCAAACUAAAUGAUGAUCAGUCUCUCCUUUACUAUUGGUUAGGUUUUGAGCCAGAAGAAAACAAGUAUAAAGUUCUUUUGACACGAGAUGGUCGCGGAUUGUACAUAAAACAAUGUGUUUUCACAUUAGGCAUAGACAAAUCAUGGAGAAAUACUCAAAGGAUUCCCAGAUCUGUUAUGUACAAGCCCGGGGUUUGCAUCAAUGGAGUUAUCUAUAGGUUUGUUUACCAUGGAGAAACACUUGCUUUAGAUGCAUUUGAUCUUAAAACUGAUUUCAAACUUAUUGUAUUGAAGAAUUCAUCUAAGUGGUGGUAUUACGAGUUGAUAGAGGUGAAGGGUAAGCUAGCAAUCAUUAAUUGUCCAAAAUGGUCAUGUGAAUAUUUCCACUUGCGGGUUUUAGGACAAAUUCAAAAAGAAGAAGAAUGGGAGAGUCAUAUCAUUCACUAUCCUUCAAUGUGGAAGCACAUACCACCAAAAAUCAUACCCCAAAUCAUAUUAUCAUGCAUGUUUUGUGAUGGGCAGAUUUUAUUCAUCCUCAACUUAGAGUCGGGUGCUUUAUGCUCGUGUUACGAUAUCACAAGACAAAGUUGGAGAAAAUUAGAAAUAAAGGGGCUUCCUACGAACCACCGCAUCAGCGGCAUUCAUAGUUACAUAGAAAGACUAGUUAUGUAG